CACCCGAUACGAGGUGUGCGCCGAAUCACGCGACUCAGUCGAUUGCUCAGCCACUGGUGGUCACUCUACCGUAUGGUUGGCUGUAUUUAUAUUGAUACUAGGUAGCGCACUAAGGGGUAUUGGAUAUAGCGCGUUUUGGUGUUUUGGCGUACCCUUUAUUGAUGAUAGUGUUAGCAAGGAGAAUUCGCCGAUAUACAUGAGCUUUUUGGUCAUUCUGCGAAUGUUUGGACCCGCCGGUGGUUUUCUACUAGGGUCGUUUUGUUUGAAAUAUUACGAAAACCCAUUUUUUGAUCCUUGUGUUACGCGCACUGAUCCAAGAUUUAUUGGCGCGUGGUGGAUCGGAUUUCUAGCCAUCGGAUUUAUAUUAUUUUUCAUAAACAUGCCCAUGUUCCUGUUUCCAGCUCAAUUAAAAGGAACCACGCUUAAAGAAAUAACUAGCCAGGAUAAAAGUGGUCGAGGCAUAUGGGUUUGCGCAAAACGUCUAGCUACAAAUCCCCUAUUUAUGUUUAACAUGAUUGGCAACGGUUUGCGAUACAGCGGGUUUGCCGGUUACGGUAUCACCAAGCCCAAAUACAUGGAGUCACAGUACCGGGUGUCGGGCAGUAAAGCCACGCUACUUACCGGUGUAGCCGGGAUGGUGCCCGACGCUAUUGGCAUUUUAGUCGGCGGUAUCGUGAUUAAAUACUUUAAGCCUAAACCACUCACCCUGAUCAUUUACAUGUUUGCCAUUGAAUGGGUGGGCAAUGGCGGUAUGUUGGCCUCCAUGUAUUUAGGCUGUCCGCCUUUGCAACUAGGUCCCAUUCAAGAAGUUGCCACUACCAAGUUUACUAUGAAUGCCGAGUGUAAUGCUGGUUGUGAUUGUUCUACGAGUAUAUUUACGCCCAUCUGUUCAGCCGAUAGGGUGACCACAUAUUUUUCACCAUGCUAUGCCGGCUGCACAAAUAUUAAUAGAACAACUGGGGAUGACCACAUGGUCACCAGUUGUGGACUCGGGUCGUGGAGGCCGGAAUGGUUACAGGUGUUCGCCAAACCAAUCUAUUUUAUAAUUAGCUAUUCACUCAUUGGUGUUGUCCAGAGUAUGUCCUCAACGUAUUUGUUUGCAGUGUUGACAUCUAUAGAAAAGCGCUAUGCGUUUGACUCUAAAAUAUCGGGCAUUAUAUUAAUUGCCGAUAACAUUAUGGAGAUGUUGCUCAGCACACUUAUCGGCUAUCUGGGCAAUCGGUACAGUAGGCCCAAAAUGAUAGCGAUUAGCGAAAUGAUCCUGGUGUUAUCAUGUGUGAUCAGCGCGUUACCAUACUUCAUUUAUGGCCCGGGAACACACCUACUAUACGACGAAACGCUACUAUCUAAAAUGACAGCCAAUAAUACCCGAUACGAGUUGUGUUCGGCGAGUAUUAAUACAAAGGAGUGUACAUCAACUGGUGGUCACUCUACUAUAUGGGGAGCUGUUAUUAUGCUGGUCAUUGGCAGCGCGUUGAGAGGUAUAGGCUAUACAGCGUACUGGGUAUUUGGUUUGGCAUUCGUGGAUGAUAGUAUAAGCAAAAAGAGCUCGCCACUUUAUAUGAGCUUAAUGUGCAUUUUGAAAAUGAUUGGGCCCGCCGGUGGAUUUCUAUUAGGCUCGUUUUGUCUCAAAUAUUACGAAAAUCCAUUCUUUGAUCCACAUGUAUCAAGCAGAGAUCCGCGUUUUAUUGGCGCAUGGUGGAUUGGAUUUAUCGUGAUCGCUGUACUAUUGUUUAUAGCUACACUACCAAUGUUUUUAUUUCCACGACAGUUCAAAGGGGCCUCGGUCAAAGAGAAAGACCGUGUUGACUACGAUAAUAGUGUUCAAGGAUUCUGGGAAUGUUGCAAAAGGCUAUUAACAAAUCCAUUGUUUAUGUAUAAUCUGAUUGGCAAUGCAUUCCGCUAUAAUGGCUAUGCUGGCUACGGGGUGACCAAGCCCAAAUACAUCGAGUCCCAGUACAGAGUGUCCGGUAGCAAGGCUAAUUUAUUAACAGGCGUUACCGGGAUGCUGCCCGUGACCAUUGGAGUAAUUUUGGGCGGCCAUAUGGUUACAAGUUGUGGACUCGGGUCGUGGAGGCCCGAGUGGUUACAGGUGUUCGCCAAACCAAUCUAUUUUAUAAUAUGCUAUUCGCUUAUCGGUAUUGUCCAGAGUAUGUCCUCAACGUAUUUGUUCGCAGUGUUGACAUCUAUAGAAAAGCGGUUCGCAUUUGAUUCCAGGAUAUCGGGCAUUAUAUUAGUAGCUGACAACACUAUGGAAAUGCUGCUAAGCACACUUAUCGGCUAUCUCGGUAAUCGUUACAGUCGCCCACGUAUGAUCGCGAUUAGCGAAAUGAUCUUGGUGUUAUCAAGUAUAAUCAGCGCGUCACCAUACUUUAUUUACGGCCCGGGAACACACCUACUAUACGACGAUACCCUUACAUCAAAAAUGGCUGCCAAUAAUACCCGUGUUAGCAAAAAGAGUUCACCACUUUAUAUGAGCCUAUGGGCCAUAUUGAGAAUGAUCGGACCCGCCGGUGGUUUUUUAUUAGGAUCGUUUUGUCUCAAAUUCUACGAAAAUCCACUUUGGCAGCUUAAAGGGGCCUCCGUCAAAGAGAAAGAUCGUGCCGAGUACGAUAAUAGUGCUCAAGGAUACUUUCAUUGUGUGAAACGGCUUAUAACAAAUCCAUUAUUUAUGUUUAAUCUAAUUGGCAAUUGUUUCCGUUUUAAUGGCCACCAGGGCUAUGGGGUGACCAAGCCCAAAUACAUUGAGUCACAGUACAGGGUGUCAGGUAGCAAGGCCAAUUUAUUAACAGGCGUCACUGGAAUGCUGCCCGUGGCCAUUGGAGUAAUAUUGGGCGCGUAUAUACCAUAUCCGCUUAUAUACGGCGCAAUCGCCGACUCAGUCUGUCUGAUAUGGGAGAACACGUGCGGUAAAACCGGUAACUGUUGGCUAUAUGAUCAGGAUCGUUUCCGCUAUGUACUACACAUUCAUAAUAAAAAUGACAACCAAGAUGACCAUAUAGUGACCACAUGCGGACUGGGCUCGUGGAGGCCCGGGUGGCUACAGGUGUUCGCCACGCCCUUCUGGUUUGCCAUAGUGUACGCCCUGAUAGGUGUGGUGCAGACAAUGUCCACAACGUAUUUGAUAGCAGUGUUAACAUCAGUGGAAAAGAGGUUUGCGAUUGACUCUAAGAUAUCGGGAGUUAUAUUAAUAGCCGAUAAUAUCGUGGAAUUGUUUGUAAGGUUUAUGGACUGCACUAAACGACUGCUAACAAAUCCACUGUUUAUGUUUAAUCUGAUUGGAAAUGCAUUACGGUAUACGGGUUAUGGAGGUUACGGUACCACCAAGCCCAAAUACAUGGAGUCCCAGUACAGGGUGUCGGGCAGCAAGGCCAAUUUAUUAACGGGUGUGGCCAAUUUAUUGCCAAUGGCAGCUGGUACAUUAGCGGGCGGUAUUGGGAUA